GUUUGAAUAUGGGAUUUAGUAAAAGCAGCCCAAUAUAGCUAUAUCAGCUUCACGUACCCAGAUUAAAUCAGCGGCUUCCCUUACCGACCCCGGCGACGGCGGAAAACCUUCCCCAACGGAAGAUAAUGGGUAAGAAAUCAUCGAGAAAGAAUGGAGUCGGUAAAGCACCUGGUUCAAUUACAUUAAGAGAAGAAUUAGGUGGGAAGAAGAAACAAAGCCAUGUUAAUGGCAAAUCGAUGCUGAAAUUGGAGCAUAUAAAGAAUCUUGCUACCUGGGCUAGUGGCGAAGGUUCCAUUCCUUCACUUGGUGCGUUCUUUGGCCAGAAAUUAGCUACAUCAGCUGAGUCUUUGGGUGUUCCUGCUGACCCUUCAUUAUUUACUUGUCAAAGGUGUGAAUCUAUCCUUCAGGCUGGCUAUAAUUGUACAGCGCGGAUUGAGAAGAACAAGAGAAAGUCACGGAAGAAACGCAAGACAUCCGGUAUUCCCCCAAAGAACUCAGUUGUAUAUGAGUGUCAUUUCUGCUCACAUCGGAAUCUAAAGAGAGGAACCCCAAGAGGCUAUAUGAAAGACCUACAUCCUGCCAAACCAAAAACUUCAAGAGUUGGCCCUCCUAAAUCAGCAAACCGAAAGGCAAAAGUUGAUCCUACUGAAUCAGCAAUGCAAAAAUCUGAACUUUUGGACACGUUAGUGGCUAGUAUCGAUAAGGCAAGAGUUGAUCCUACUGAUACAGCAAUGCGAAAGUCUGAACAGUUGGAUACAUUAGUGGCUAGCAUCGAUAAGGCAAAAGAUGAUCCUACUGAAUCAGUAAUGCGAAAGUCUGAACAGUUGGAUACGAUAGUGGCUAGUUUUGAUAAGGCAAGAGUUGACACUACUGAAUCAGCAACCCAAAAGUCUGAACAGUUCGAUGCUUCAGGGGGAAGCACCGAUAAAGAUGAUAAGACAGAUGUAAUAGUUUCAUCUGAAAUAGUUGGAGAUGAUCCUAUAGCUAGUCCUGCAACUCCAUUGUCAAAAGUUGCGGUUACUUCUUUGUUGGAUUCAAAGAGGAGGAAAAGAAAUAGAACAGGGUCCAAGAAGAAAGCUGAACCUCAGGAUGGUUCAUCCAUGACAGAUGCUGAGAAGACUGUCUCAACAUCCAGUAAGAGGAAGAAGAAGUCUUGGACUAGUUUGAAGGAAAUUGCUGAAAGUCAGAGUAGCAAUAGCAUGAAGUUCAACAUAUCUGUUCCAUUUAUUCUUUAAUUGUGAGACAAUUGUAUUGUUGCCUGUUUAACACCCUUUAGUGUUGAGAUACAAUCAUAGUCUUGUAAGCUGUAACAUUAGUUUCUCUCCAAUGUUAUAAACAAGGAAAAAACGUUCACUUU